UUUUAGCCGGAAGGUGGCAUCGUGUACACUCAGUAGAAUUGAACUAUUGAAGACCCACAAUGGUGGAAAUGGAACGUGAAAGAUUCGGCGGGAAAUAAUCCCUUAGCUUCGUUGCGUUCCCUCUACGAGCUUCGUUUCUUUAUUCCUUCUCUCCCAGUCUCUGUUUUGCGGCUGUGCAGGUCGGUCCUGUUAUCACUUACCAGUAACAGAGCGAUCCUUCUUCAUUUCUUUCAGGAAUUUCAAUACGAGGUAAUCCUCUUAGAAGGGCAUCGAUCUGAAUGUGCAGCAAGUCAAGUUGCAUGGAAUUGCUCCAACCUAUUUCAGGUUGAGAAAAUCUAGUGCUAUGUUCGUCGCCUUCAAUGCUGAGGAUCCUUUUUUUUUUUGAGCUUUGGGACUCGGUCAAUCUAGAAGAACUCUGGACCACCUCAUUACAACAGAAAGGAAGGAAAUCACAAUGAAAGCAGUUAUCCUUGUUGGUGGAUUUGGUACCCGCUUAAGGCCCUUGACACUCACUAAGCCAAAACCACUGGUUGAGUUUGCAAAUAAGCCAAUUAUUUUGCAUCAGAUUGAGGCCCUUAAAGAUGUGGGAGUUACUGAAGUUAUCUUGGCCAUCAAUUACCAACCACAGGUCAUGCGGAGUGUGCUAGAGGAAUUUGAGAUGAAGGUUGGGAUCAAGAUCACUUGCUCACAGGAGACAGAGCCUCUGGGUACAGCAGGGCCACUGGCCCUUGUGAGAGAAAAGCUGUCUGAGUCUGAUGAGACAUUCUUCGUCCUCAACAGUGACGUUACCUGCAGGUAUCCAUUCAAAGAGAUGAUUGAAUUCCACAAAUCUCAUGGUGGAGAAGCAUCAAUUUUGGUUACUAAGGUGGAUGAACCUUCAAAAUAUGGCGUCGUCGUUCUUGAUGAGGAAACAGGGAGGGUCAGGAAUUUUGUGGAGAAACCAAAGAUCUUUGUUGGUAACAAGAUAAAUGCUGGAAUCUACCUCCUGAACACCUGUCUUCUUGACAGAAUUCAGCCCAGGCCUACAUCAAUAGAACGAGAAGUCUUCCCCACCAUUGCAAAUGAAGGACAGCUCUUUGCCAUGGUCUUAACAGGGUUCUGGAUGGAUAUUGGACAGCCCAAGGAUUAUCUUAAGGGCUUGAGAUUGUACUUGGAUCAUGAAAGAAGGAAUUCACCCCAAGACUUCUCUAGAGGACCCAAUAUCAUUGGAAAUGUUCUCAUUGACAGCAGUGCCAAAGUUGGAGAAGGCUGCAUUAUUGGACCUGAUGUAGUUGUUGGCCCUGAUUGUGUGAUAGAAUCCGGAGUGCGGCUAUCAUCCUGCACACUGAUGAAGGGGGUCAGAGUGAAAAACUCUGCUCAUGUGUCUGGCAGCAUCAUUGGAUGGUAUUCAACCAUCGGAGAGUCAGUUCUGGUCAGCAAUAUGGCGGUUCUUGGGGAGGAUGUCCAUGUCAGUGACACAAUGUACCUGAACGGCGUAGUGGUUCUCCCACACAAGGAGAUAAAAUCACAUUUUGUGAAGCCAGAAAUCAUAAUGUAAGUGAAAAUGCAAUAUAGGACCAGGAUGAAGUGAUUCUUUUUUUUUUUGGUAGCAAGAUCAAGUGAUUCACGUCUUAAAACCUGUGCCAGGAUUUUGUAUCUUUUCAUUUCUAUAUGACUAGGGUCUUGAUAAGAAGUUGACCUCUUGUAGCUUCAAUACCUUGAUUGUACCUUCAUUUCCCAGUUGUUGAUUUUAUGAACCAUGUAGAGUUUUGGUGAUGUAGUUAAAUUGGACUUUGCAUUGGAAACAAUGAGUUUGGAGAUUCAGUUCAACUACCAACAUAGCAAUGAGAGUUAAAACUGAGUAAUUGUUUAACCA